AUGGCGCUUUCUUUCCCUUUCUCUGCAUCGAGCUUCUGCUUGAAAUCUAAGACUAUCCAUCACAUUAAGCCUUCUCCCACACUAUUCCCAACAUUAGCUACAAAAUGUCUGAGGAGUCCGAUCAUAAUGAAUAAGGCCCUGGUCUCCACUAGUGUUGAAGGUCUGACUCGCCGCAGAGCCAAUCAUCAUGCAAACUUGUGGGACGAUGAUUUUAUACAAUCUCUCCCAAACCUGCCUUAUGAUGCCCCUUACUAUCGCGAGCGUGCUGAUAAACUUGUUGGGGAGGUCAAAGGGAUGUUCAAUGCAGUGGGUGCUGCGGAUUCUUCUACUGAAAAUAUUUUGAAACGCCUUGAAAUGGUGGAUAAAGUUGAACGCCUCGGAAUCGGGCGAUACUUUCAAGUCGAAAUAGCAGAAGCACUCGAUUACGUUUAUAGGUUUUGGAAUGAGAGCAGUAAAGAUCUGAAUAUUGCAGCUUUGGGACUUCGGAUCCUUCGACUUCACAGAUAUCCCGUUUCUUCAGAUGUGUUAGAAAAGUUCAAAGACAAAGAUGGAAACUUCUUGUGUUGUAUCGCUGAAUCAGAGGAGGAGAUAAAUAGUAUUUUAAAUCUGUUUCGAGCUUCAUUGAUUGACUUUCCAAAUGAAAAAACAAUGGAUGAAGCUAAAUCCUUCACUACUGUGUAUUUAAAUCAAAUCUUGCAAAAGACUCACACUUUUGGUGCCAAUCUUCUACAAGAGAUAACAUAUAAUUUAGAGUAUGGUUGGCGCACAAAUUUGUCCAGAUUGGAAGCAAGGAAUUAUAUUGAUAUUUAUGGAGAAAAAAGUUCAUGGCUCAAGAACAUGAAUAAUCAGAAGAUUUUACAUUUGGCUAAAUUGGAUUUUAAUAUUAUGCAAUCAUUAUAUCGUUCAGAGCUUCAAAUGAUCUCUAGAUGGUGGAAGGAUUCAAAAUUAUGUAAGUUGGACUUUUGUCAUCACAGACAAAUCGAAUAUCACUUUUCAGGAUGUGCAAUUACUGUAGAACCUAAACAUUCGGCUUUUAGAAUUGCCUUGGCAAAAUUUUCUACCCUUGCAACAUGUAUCGAUGAUAUCUAUGAUACCUAUGGAACUCUUGAUGAGCUUGAACUUUUCACUAAGGCCGUUAAAAGGUGGGAUUCUCCUUCUACAGUUCAGCUUCCAGAAUAUCUAAAAAUUGCAUAUUGUGCACUCUAUGAUGCAAUCAAUGAAAGUGCACGAGAGGCAGAUAAGAUUCAGGGAAGAGACACUCUCCACUACGCUCGAAAAGCGUGGGAUGACUAUUUAGAUUCUAUGCUACGAGAAGCCAAGUGGCUUGCCACUAGACAUAUACCAAAUUUUCAGACAUAUUUAAAAAAUGGGAUAGAGAGUUCAGCCUCUCUUACAGCUACAUUGCAAGCACUAUUAACAUUAGACAAAAUUUCAGAAAAUGACCUUCAAAAAGUUGAUUAUCCAUCAAGGUUCAAUGAUCUUUUGGGAUUGACACUUAGACUAAGAGGUGACACUAGAACGUUCAAGACUGAGGCAGAUCGAGGAGAAGUUGCUUCAUCCAUAGCCUGCUAUAUGAGAGAUAAUCCAGAAUCUAGUGAGGAAGAUGCAUUGAAGUGUAUCAAUUUUAUGUUAGAAGAACAUCUAAAAGAAUUAAACUUGGAGUAUUUGAAGCAUGAUAAUGUUCCAAUUUGCAUCAAAGAUUUUGCCUAUGACAUGUCAAGGUGCUUCCAGGUUUUCUACAAAGAGAGAGAUGGAUUUAGCAUUUCUAGUAAAGAUAUGAGGGAUCAUGUGAAAGAAAUUCUUAUUGAUCCCAUAAAGAUGUAAUAUUAUAAUUUGUGGACUUUGUUAUGACUACGAAGUAUUGUGGAGAUCUCCAUUCAUCACUUCUUCAUUUGAUUAUCUCUUUUUUGGAGAGGACUUUUGUCCCAUAGGGUUUUCUCCUUUUCUC